GUAACCUAUGGUACAGGUGGAACAAUUACUACAUUGUCAAAUGUUGACGUAUGUAAAUGUAGAAGCAUUAUCAGUUUGCGGCAAAGGUGUUUGCCGAUAAAAACAUCAGGAAUGUGGCAUAGUAAUUUUGCUGAUAAGUGAUAACAAUAUGCAACGGUUAAGGAGCAUUUAAAAUUUUACCAAUGAUUCGAGUCAAAGAGAAAAUACGGUACGAUAUUAAUGUUCACCGUGAACAAAAUAAAUUAAUUCUUUUAAAUACAAGACGUGGAAUCACAGUCAAUGAAAAUGACGAAGAUGAUACAUUUUCUUUAAGAGAUGUACGAUUAAUUGCAUUAAAAAUAAAAAGUAGGAAAUGUGUCACUAAAAAUCUCUUAAAAUUAUUAAAACAUGCAUUACUUAAUGGUCAAGAUUAUAUUUUGGAAUUUUUCCGCUGCCAAGGAGCUACUGAUUCUUUACUUCAUUAUACAUCUAGUAAAGAUGAUGAUAUAAAGUUAGCUGCUAUUGAAUGUUUUUGCAAUAUGGCAUUGGGUGAUCAAAAAACAUGCAUAAAGUUAGCUAAAUUAAUAACACCUUAUUUGAUGAUUCACAUUAAUAGCUUGAAUUUUAAUGUAUCUUCCAUGUCCAUAUGGACUUUGGGUAACUUAAGUGGUUCUAGUGAAAAAGUUUGUGAAGUAUUAGAAAAUCAAAAUGUCUUUAUAGCAUUAGUUAAUUGUUUAAGAAUAUCAACAUGUGAUGAAGUCAUCAAAAACACAUUUUAUGCUUUGAAACUCAUGCUUAAAAAUUUUAUAUCACAUUUAAAAAUUGAACCACUAGUAGAAUUGUUACAUUUAUGCGUUAAACUCUCAGAUACAUGGAAGGAAUCAUUUUGGAUCAUAUAUCAAAUAAGCUGUCUUGAAAAUUCAAAAUUAUUUUAUGAAGACCUAAUGAAACAUUUAUUUAACUUAAUACACUCAGAUAUAUGCACUGAUAUAGUUUGUUUAGUUCCCAUUUUAAGAACAUUAGGAAAUAUAGUUCAGGCCUUAAGUAGUGAUUUAAGAAAAAAUUUUCUAGUUGAAUUAAAAAGUAAAGGACCUAGCAUACAAAAUAUUUUAUUAAAAAACAAACAAAUUGAUUUAAGUAAAGAAUGUGCUUGGCUAUUGGGCAAUGUGUUGAAUUCAUUAAAUGUGAACAGUAUUAAUAAUGUUAUAAUAUUUGAUUUUGAAGAAAUUUGUAGUUAUUUAUUUGUGUAGUGAACACAAUCUUACAUUUAAUGUAAUAUAUGUAGUGUAUUUUUUUUAA